UCGGAAUAGGAGUUCAGUAGAGCAGCAGCGGUGGUCGGUUGGAGGUGAUAGUGCUCACCGAGACAGUGCUCACGUUCUGAUUGGCCCUACUAUGAUGACGUCACUUGGCGGGGGGGGACGGCUGCUAGGCCUUCUGCUCACUCUCACUGCGCAUGGAUGGAAUAGUCAAGCAGUGGCAGAUGGAAUGAGAAAAGCGCCAAAAAUAGUCUAUCACGAUGCAGUAGAAUAUUUUCACUCGAAGCAAAUCAGCAAUGCUGGCACAAGUCUCCUGAUCGGCACACUACCAAAAGAUAAAUUUGAGGACAGCAAUACAGAAUUACAGUGUGUAAUGCAUAACAGCAACGUUGACAACUACUACAAGGAAGAAUAUCAUCUUAAGGUGUUUGAGACGAAGCGGGACUACCAACAAAUCACGGAGAAAAAUGAAAUAAAGUAUAAAGACUAUUUCUUCACCAUCACGAAAGAGUCAUGGUCCUGCCAUAAGAGAGGAGAUACGAAUGAUGGCAUAAUGAUGAUUAUCAAUGAGUAUAUAGGCAUAAGAGAGAUUUUCGAAAUAAAAUACUAUGAUGGAAUUGAAGUGACUAUAGCCUAUACAGCCAAAGGAGACAGGACUGCCAAAGUCAGAGAAAUAAGAUUUUUUAAAAUGGGAAACACAGCUGAGGCCCUUCGAUUCGAGGGGACACUAUAUUACCAAGAUGAAGGACAAUCUUUCUACAAAAUGCCCAAUUAUCGAGACGAAUUGAUUCAUAACAGACAAUUGGAGAAGAAGACUAUUGAACUAGAUGGGAAACAGGUGGAAUUGACAAAGGAAGUAAUUUUCCAGGAUGCAGGGAAAUUGAAUGAGACUGUGGUUCAUGUCGGAGAGGGGCAAGUAUUUCGGAUUGGCUCUCCCUGGACCAAGGUGUUUGGAAAUUCAAGCUUUGUGUCGGCCUGUACCCCGGAACAGGGUUUGAAUCCUUUCCCAUUCGAAUUCAGACCACAGGUGUAUGAUUUGCAGACCUUCACAGAUCCUGAGCCCCGAGAAGCGCACAAAGCCAUCGUAAAGAUUGAUGCUCAUCUUACGGAUGAAUACUUCACACAGUACUUCAUAUCAGUUAGAGAGGAAGUUUGGAAUUGUAUACCAUUCAAGGGAAGUAACUUCUUGAGGAUAGUAAACGAAGUUGUAGGCAGAAUACCGGUGCAGAAAAUCCACUAUUAUGAUGGAAUCACAGAGGCCCACAAGUUAUUUUUGGAAGAGAAUAAUAAAGAACUAGGGAAGAAGAGUAUUCGAUUUACAGAGGUGAAAUAUGUGGAUCCAGUUACAAAGGAGAUUUUGAAAUAUGGUGAGCUUCCAUGGAUAUAUUCACAUUGAAUUAUUUCUUGCAAU